AUGGCUGACGAGUACGGCCGCAGCGGCUACAGCAGGUCCGGCGCCGGCGACGACUACGACAGCGGCUACAACAGCAAGUCCAGAACUGAUGACUACGGCCGUGGCGAAGGUAGCAAGUCCGGCGGCGACGACUACGGCCGCAGCGGUGGCGAUGGGUACGAUAGGUCCGGCGGCGAUGAGUACGGCCGUGGCAACGGGGGCGGUGGGUACAACAAGUCCGGCAAGGACGACUACGACGGCGGGUACAACGAAUCGGGCACCAACGACGACGAAUACAGCCGCCGUGGCACCGGCGGCGGGUACAACUGCAAGUCCUCUGGCGAUGAUGCCUACAAUGGCGGUGGCGGCAGGUACAACAGCAAGUCUGGUGGAGAGGACGACGGCGAGUACGGUUCCUCCCCGGACGACUCGGAGAAGUACAGGAAGGAGGAGAAGUAUAACAAGUGGGUUUUGUGUCCACAAAAAAGUUUCUAA